GAAGGCUCCGCCCCUCCCGGCCUGUGAUUGGCCCUCGCAGCUGUCAGUCACGGCUGACGCUCCGGCUCCGGCUCCGCGCAGCAGAGACGCGCCGCUGCUUCGCUCUUGUACCGUUUCAGUGCGUCGAGCGGCGGAGAGAAGCGGAGCCUGCGCGUCUGUCCUCGUCUGUGCGUCCGCGGAGCAAAGAGGAGCAGCCGAGCCGAGCCGUGCCAAAGCGUGCCGUGCAUGCCCCGGACACACCGGGAGCAGGAGGAGGAAGAGGAGCAGGAUUCUUCUUCUUUACCAGUGUUUUGACUCAGUGAGACUUCCAGCGCUUGCUUUUCCCUCAUGGUCACCAACACCGCGCGGCCGCAGUCAUGUGGAAUAUCGUGUGGAAAGUGCCGCGUUUGUCACUGACGUGUUUUCUGCUCGCGCUGCUGCUGCGAGUUCAGGUGUCUCUGUCCACGGGUUACUUCGAGCUGCAGCUGGUGUCCGUGGAGAACCCGCGCGCGCAGCUGCUGAACGGCGACUGCUGCGACGCGGAGCGGAGCGCGGCGGAGGGAAGCUGCGGCGCGGACGAGUGCGACACGUACUUCCGCGUGUGUUUAAAGGAAUAUCAGAGCGAGGUGACGACCAGCGGGCCGUGCACCUACGGCUGGGAAACUACCAAAGUUAUCGGGGGGAAUACUUUUCACUUCAAGAGCCAGAAGAGCGGACUGAGCCGGAGCAGCGACGGCGGCAAGAUCACCAUCCCGUUCCAGUUCGCGUGGCCGCGAGCGUUCACUGUGAUGGUGGAGGCGUGGGACUGGGACAACGGCACACACAGCAGCAGCAGCAGUGAUGAGGAGCUGUUAAUCGAGCGCAGCAUCCACAAGGGGAUGAUCAACCCUGGAGAGGAGAAGCAGACGGUGGAGUAUAAAAGCCUGGUGGCCAGUCUGGAGUACACCAUCCGCGUGCGCUGUGACGAACACUAUUACGGCAGCAAGUGCAACAAAGUGUGCCGUCCACGCGACGACUACUUUGGCCACUAUGUGUGCGAUCAGUCCGGAAACCGAGGCUGCAUGGAAGGAUGGACCGGACCCGACUGCAAAACAGCCAUCUGUAAGCAGGGAUGCAGCGUCCAGCACGGGACGUGCAGCGUGCCGGGAGAAUGCAAGUGUAACUACGGCUGGCAGGGACCGUUCUGUGACGAGUGUCUCCCAUACCCCGGCUGUGUCCACGGCACCUGCACUGAGCCGUGGCAGUGUUCCUGUGAGAAGAACUGGGGAGGUCUGCUCUGUGACAAAGAUCUGAACUACUGUGGAACAAACCGUCCGUGUAAGAACGGAGGCACCUGCAUGAACACGGAGCCGGACGAAUACAACUGCGCGUGUCCAGACGGAUACUCGGGCAAGAACUGUGAGAUCGCCGAACACGCCUGCGUCUCUAACCCGUGUGCAAACGGAGGGACGUGUCACGAAGUCCCGUCAGGCUUCGAGUGUCACUGUCCCGCGGGCUGGUCUGGACCCACCUGCGCUAAAGACACGGACGAAUGCGCCUCUGGUCCGUGUGCUCAGGGCGGGACCUGCAUCGACAUGGAGAACAGCUUCAAGUGUCUCUGUCCUCCACAGUGGACGGGAAAGACCUGCCAGAUCGACGUGUCUGAGUGUGUGGGGAUCAAGCCUUGCAUCAAUGCUUACUCUUGCAAAAACUUGAUUGGUGGAUAUCACUGUGCCUGCUUUCGUGGAUGGGUGGGCAAGAACUGUGACAUCAAUGUGAACAGCUGCCACGGACAGUGUCAGAACGGAGGAACCUGCAAGGACGUGCCCAGAGGCUACCAGUGUGUGUGCCAGCCGGGGUUCGUGGGCCGACACUGCGAGCUUCAGAGGAACCGCUGCUCCGGCGGCCCUUGUCGAAACGGGGGCCGCUGCUACGCCCUGCUGGAAGGCUUCAUGUGUGAAUGUCCUCCGGGCUUCGCUGGCACCACCUGUGAGGUGCAGAACGACCCGUGCAGCCCUAACCCGUGUCACAACAAGGCCCAGUGCCACGGCCUGACGGGCGACUUCUACUGCGGCUGCCCGGACGACUAUGAGGGCAAAACCUGCUCAGAGCUCAAAGAUCACUGCAAGACCAAUCAGUGUGAAGUGAUUGACAGUUGCACGGUCGCCGUGGCAACCAACGACACCCAAACGCGGGUGCGGCACAUCUCGUCCAACGUGUGCGGUCCCCACGGCCGCUGCAUCAGUCUGCCUGCGGGGAACUUCAGCUGCUCCUGUGAGCCUGGAUUCACUGGCAUCUACUGCCACGAGAACAUCAACGACUGCGCGUCGUCCCCGUGUAAGAGCGGCGGCACCUGCAUCGACGGGAUCAACACCUUCCAGUGCUUCUGUCCGGACGGCUGGGAGGGCCAUCUGUGUGACGCCGAUGUGAACGAGUGCAACAGGAAUCCGUGUCAGAACGGUGGCCAGUGCGUCGACCUGCUCAACGACUUCUACUGCGACUGUGUGGACAACUGGAAAGGAAAGACCUGCCACUCACGCGAGAGCCAGUGCGACUCCACGACCUGCAGCAACGGCGGGACGUGUUACGACCACGGAGACUCCUUCCUGUGCAGCUGUCCCUCGGGCUGGGGGGGCAGCACCUGCAACACAGCCAAGAACAGCUCGUGUGACUCGGGUCCGUGUCAGAACGGCGGCACGUGCGUCGGCGGCGGCGGCGACGCCUUCACGUGCAUCUGCAGGGACGGAUGGGAGGGAGCCUCGUGUGCACGGGAUGUCGAUGACUGUAAUCCACAUCCCUGCUACAACGGCGGCGUGUGCGUCGACGGCGUGAACUGGUUCCGUUGUGAAUGCGCCCCAGGAUUCGCCGGACCGGACUGCCGCAUCAACAUCGACGAGUGUCAGUCGUCUCCUUGUGCUGAAGGUUCGACCUGCAAGGACGAAAUCAACGGCUACCGCUGUGUUUGUCCGCCCGGACACGCUGGACCUCGCUGUCAAGAGUUCAUCGGACUGGGGAAGUCGUGUCGUCACGCCGGGCUGCAGUUUCCUCACGGCAGUCGUUGGGAGGAGGAGUGUAACUCGUGUCAGUGUGUUAACGGACACGUCCACUGCUCCAAGGUGAGGUGCGGUCGUCGGCCAUGUCUCCUCCCUAAGGCUCCUCCCCUUCCUCUUCCCGUGAACGGGAACCCUCCUCCGUGUCCCGGAGGUCACGAGUGUGUGGAGCAUCAGUUUCUCACCUGCUUCUCGCCGCCGUGUCACCAGUGGGGGGUGUGUUCCAUGCCGGAUCCGCCCACGCCGCUGCACACGCAGUGCGAGCCCAACAGCGGUUACCUUGACAACAGCUGCGCUCGCAUCACGCUCAUCUUCAAGAAGGACAAAGUGCCGCAGGGCACCACGGUGGAGAACAUCUGCUCAGAGCUCAGGUAUCUCCCUGUGACUCAGACUCUGGCUGAAGAGCGAGCACUGCUCAUCCUCUGUGAUCUGUCCUACACCAACAGUGAUGCUGUGGAGGUCGCCAUGUCCUACGAGCAGGACGGGAAGUCGUCGAAGGACGGCGACCGCGGUCAGAUCCACAACGCCGCCAGCUCCAUCGUCAACGCUCUGUCCAAACGCCACAACAGCACGGUAAUGUUGGCUGUGGUGGAGGUCAAAGUGGAGACGGUGGUCAAAGAUCCUCCUACUGGUUACCUGGUGCCGGUGUUGUGCGUCGUCUUCAGCGUCCUGUGGAUCUUCUGCAUCGUGAUCUGCGUGUGGUGGACGCGCAAGAGGAAGAAAGAGCGCGAGAGAGCGUCGCGCGCCCAGGACAGGACCGUCAACAACCAGCUGGAGGCGCCGCCCCCGCGCGGCCACGCCCUCAAGGUCAACCGCGACAAAGACAUUCAGUACGAAUGCAAGAAGCUGAUGAGCUCGUCCGAGAGGACGUGCGACGGCGCCGAGGGCGAGGAGGAGGACGACGAGGAGGCGGAGCUAGAGCUGGCGCUGGAGCUGGAGGACGACGAGGGGCGGGCGCCGGGCUCUGGGGACGGGAAGUGUCCCCCGUCCCAGAAAUGCUCCGUGUCGGCACCAUUUCAAGACAGAGGGAUGAUGGGAAAGAGGGGUGUGGUCAGCACGACGCGCAGCGCUCCGGUGAAGGCGCCGCACCGGACGGCGUACAGUCCCAAAGACAACCGGUGUAAAAACCUCAACGCCGCCAAACUCAGCGACGACAUUAAAGACCACUAUGUGUGACACGCUGACCUUUGACCUUUCUUACGUGACGAUUACAGAGGCUUUCAUUUUUGUAUUCUUUGCUUUGUUUUCGCACGGAGACGACAACAACGACAACAAAUACAACGACAACAACAACAACGACAACAACAACAACGACGACAACACCGACAACAACGAUACGGAACGCAAACGUGGAUUUAAUUCUUUCUUCUGCUCGUCAUGAUUUUUUUUCUGGUUCUGUUUAAACUUGUUUUUCUUUUGUUUUGUUUUCUCUGAUCCAGUGGUUCCCAAACUGUGGGUCGGGAUCCACACAUGAGUCGCAGGCAACUUUUUUCGGGCAACUUUUGAUUCAGCUUCCAAAGAUUUAGUCGUAAAAAAAUUUGCAACUUUUCUAGUGGUUCCCACACUCUGGGUUGAGACCCACAGAUGGUUCACGGGAGAGUUUUUUUGGUCCCCAAACGAAUUAGCUAAAUUUUCUCGCGUUAACUAACGUUCAUGUUCAUAUGUUUUAAGACAUACAUUUAUAAAAAGAGGUUUUGAUUUGUUUCCAAACAUUCAGUCGCAAAAUUUUGGACAAAUUUGCUCUUCUUAUGUUAUUUAUUUGUAUUGUUUUUUUAAACAUUUACAAAAGGAAGUUUUUGUUACAUUUAGUGUAACGUAACAAAAGUUGCAAAGUUUAUUUCGCAAGAUAUUUAUUACGAUUUGGGUCCUUUUUUGUUUUGUUUCUGUGAUUUAGUGGUUCCCAAACUCCGGGUCGGCACCCACAGUUGGUUCACAGGAGAGUUUUUCCGGCCCCCAAACAAAUUUGCAGAAUUUUCCCGACCUUUUUAAUUCAAAUUCUAUUUUCUGUAUGUUUAAAAGAACAAGUUACCAAACUAAUUUUCUCUGCGAUUUGACUCUUUUUCUGUUUUAUUUUCUCCUUGUUUUUCCUGAACAACAUUGGCAGCUGUUGAUGUUGGUGCCGUCUGUCGUCUGCGGGACUUUUUCUACUCUCUCUUCAUAUCCUGUCUUUUUUUUAUAGAAAACAAAAGAAAAACUACUUUUAAAAAAAAACAAAUGUUUUAUAUACAAAUCUAAGUUGUUUGAAAGUUGGCACCGUAUGAAACCAGGCAUUGGAAGGUCGUUUGUUUGUUUGUUUACAUCCAUAAACAUCUUUUCCAUUUUCUGUUAAACCCUUUCAAAAUAAUUGUGACAGCUUCCUGUUGGGUAGAAAAGUGCCUUCACUCCGUUUGUUUUCCUCCUGAACUUUAAAGUGAACAUAAAGGGAAAAGAUGUGGCGUCAACGCAGCAGUAAAGGUUUUAUUGUCUUUGUACAGAUGUAAAUAUGAACAAAUGGCUGUGUAUAUUUGAGUUUAGUAAGUUAAGUCAUGCUUUGUAUCAUAGUUAUUCUAAAAAAAUACCAUUGUUUUCUGCUUAUUUUUGUUUUUUUUAACGAUGUCAUUCCGUUGAUGAGCGUCUGUUGACGCGAUGACGUUGGUUUCAUCGCGACUUUGUCCACAGUCAAAAACAGAUUUGUCUUCAUGUGUCGUGAUUGUUUGUUGACACAGGCCACGCCCACGUUUUUAUUUUAACAGAAAAAAAAACAAGUUUCAGAAAGAACGACUAACAAUCACAAUUUUGUUAUUUAACCAGCGACGAGGUUGAAAAACGACAACUUUUUGUUUUACGAAAACCUGUCCAGACUAAAAAAAUCAAUCCCAGAGUCGUCAAACUAAGACGGAGACGGUUUCGCCCUUUAAAUGUCUCUGUUUUCAGACGCUGGACGACGAGUGUGAACGUCUUUAAAAGGAAAAUGUAGUCGUGUGGAUGAAGCAACACAGUCUGUGUGUGUGUGUGUGUGUGUCUCUGUGUGUGUGUG